AGCUGGGGGCUGCAUCCCUGCAGCAGGACGGCCAGCAGAGCGGAGUCUGUAGCUGAGAAGCUCUGCUCUUGGAGCAGAUAACCUUUCACACUCCCGAGGCCCCCUCCUCUGGAGAGGACUUUAGUCUUUGGCGCUGUUAGCUAAGCUGAGUGAGAUAGGAGCUUGGCAGCCCUUGGAGGAGAGAGGGACGCAGCUGCCCGCUGCCCAGUGAAGGCUCCCAUCAUGGAAUCAAAGGCGGCCCACUUGCGGAAGAGAGAGGGCCAGAGAGGCCAGCAGGAGGACCGCCCCAGCAGAGAAGGGAACACUGAGACAAACAGAGGCCUGGACUUGGUGCAAUGGACCCGACAAAUGGAGGCUGUGAAGACACAGCUGCUGGAGAAAGCACAGGGACAGCUGAUGGAGCUGCUGGACCGGGCCAUGUGGGAGGCUGUACAAUCCUACCCACCCCAAGGCGGACCCCCGCCCUCCAACCCUCCAGAUUCCUUGAGCAAGACCAGGGAGACAUCCGUGGGGAAGCGGAAAGUUUUCAUCAUCCGCAAGUCCCUGCUUGAUGAGCUGAUGGAGGUGCAACAUUUCCGCACCAUCUACCACAUGUUCAUCGCCGGCCUGUGUGUCUUCAUUAUCAGCACCCUGGCCAUCGACUUCAUUGACGAGGGCAGGCUGAUGAUGGAGUUCGACCUCCUGAUCUUCAGCUUCGGACAGCUGCCCUUGGCGCUGGUGACCUGGGUGCCCAUGUUCCUGUCCACCCUGCUGGUGCCCUACCAGGCCCUGCGGCUGUGGGCGAGGCCGCGGGCGGGCGGGGCCUGGGCGCUGGGGGCCGGCCUGGCCUGCGCGCUGCUGGCCGCGCACACGGCGGUGCUGGGGGCGCUCCCGGUGCACGUGGCGGUGCGGUACCAGCUCCCGCCCGCCUCCCGCAGCAUCCUCGUCUUCGAGCAGGUCAGGCUGCUGAUGAAAAGCUACUCCUUCUUGAGAGAGGCUGCGCCAGCGACCUGUGGUGUCAAAGGAGGUGAGGCCCCCAGUUUCUCCAGCUACCUCUAUUUCCUCUUCUGCCCCACACUCAUCUACAGGGAGACAUACCCCAGGACACCCAGUGUCAGGUGGAAUUAUGUGGCCAAGAACUUUGCCCAGGCCUUGGGCUGCGUCCUCUAUGCCUGUUUCAUCCUGGGCCGCCUCUGUGUGCCUGUCUUUGCCAACAUGAGCCGGGAGCCCUUCAGCACCCGGGCCCUGGUGCUCUCCAUCAUGCAUGCCACCUUGCCAGGCAUCUUCAUGCUGUUGCUCAUCUUCUUUGCCUUCCUGCACUGCUGGCUCAACGCCUUCGCAGAGAUGCUCCGCUUUGGAGACAGGAUGUUCUACAGGGACUGGUGGAAUUCCACAUCCUUCUCCAACUACUACCGCACUUGGAACGUGGUGGUCCACGACUGGCUGUACAGCUACGUGUAUCAGGAUGGGCUGUGGCUCCUUGGUGGCCGAGCCCGAGGGGCAGCCAUGCUGGGCGUGUUCCUGGUCUCCGCGGUGGUCCAUGAGUACAUCUUUUGCUUCGUCUUGGGAUUCUUCUACCCCGUCAUGCUGAUACUCUUCCUCGUCAUUGGAGGGCUGCUGAACUUCAUGAUGCAUGACCGGCACACAGGCCCCGCAUGGAACGUGCUGAUGUGGACCCUGCUCUUUCUGGGCCAGGGCAUCCAGGUCAGCCUGUACUGUCAGGAGUGGUAUGCACGGCGGCACUGUCCCUUGCCCCAGGCAACUUUCUGGGGGCUGGUGACACCUCGAUCUUGGUCCUGCCACACCUAGAGGCCAGUACACCUUCACCACCCAGACGACAGCGCCAAGUUCUUCUCUGCCUGCAAAGCCUGGAACUGGGGCUCCUGUGUCUGCACUCUCAGACUUAGCUCUGAGUUGAGAGGGCCUGCCAUGCAUAAUCCCACCAGGGAACUCCGGGAACUGAGAUCUGUGGACCUGCGGACAGCAGAGCACAGGCUCAGAAUGGUGCUCUGGUCCCCAUGGAUUGGGCACAGGCCUCCCUCCCACUCCAUGGCUGCCCAGACUGAGGGAGACUUGAAGGACCUUACAGAGUUGGUAAAUGCAGGGUGACUUAGAGAAACUGGGGCCAUCAAGGUCUAAGUAUGGUUUGAUUCUUUCUUUCAAUACAAUA